AUGCCGGCCCCUUCAGAUGAAGACUGCGUGAACCCAUUGUACCUGAGCUGGGUGAAGGAAUGGUUCGAUCUCGCCCAGAGACGCAAUGCAAAGAGUGUCACGGCGUAUCGCAAUGCCUACAACUCCCUGAGAGCAUGCCCACUCGUCUUUACGCACCCUUGUCAGCUCGAGACUCUCAAAGGUUUCGGCAGAACAAUGUGCGACCGGCUCACACAGAAGCUGCAGGAACACUGCAAUGCCAACGGGUUGCCGAUGCCGUCAAAGAAGAGGCCGAGAAGACGAGGUGCAGAUUCGGCAGCACUGGAUGGCGAUGAUGCCGGGGUUUCAGAAGACGAGGAGUCACAACCACGGCCCGCCAAGAAGGCACGAAAGGUCAAGGCUUACGUACCACAAUACCGCUCUGGUCCGUACGGCAUCCUAUUGGGCCUUGCCGAGCACAAUGCCUCUGGCAUGACGGGCCUGAGUAAGGACGAACUCAUAGCGGCUGCUCAGCCUCACUGUGAUAGCUCCUACACGACCGCCGACCAGGCCAACAAAUUCUACACGGCCUGGAACUCGUACAGAACCUUGGUCAACAAGGAGCUUAUUGUUGAAAAGAAGAACCGUGCUCGAAAGUUCUACGUCCUGACUGAUGCCGGCCUCGAGGUUGCAAGAAACAUCAAGCGAGCGGCUGAUCCCUCUGCACCGUCGCCUGAGCCUGAUGACAGGUCUGGACCCUCUGAAAGGCGGGAGCCUCCAAGACAAGCAAUACAGAAAAUACGGCCAAUCUCAGUCGAUGAUGACGAUGACGACAAUGACGCUCUUUUUGUGGAAAGCGACGUAGAGGUGCCUGCAUCUGCCCAAACUUCUGCACCGCGGCCAAAGACAGCACCAUCAGAGUUUGCAGACGUUGUCAAGGAUGAAAAUGGCUCUUCUGAUCCUUCAGCUAUACCAAGUUUUCGCCCGAUUCGCCUACAGCCAGGAUCUUUCACCAUACAGCUCAUGAUUGAUCAGCGAGAAGUUCGUUCCAAAACUGAUCGCGACUAUAUACAGGAGGAGCUCUACAAGCAGGGCGUCAAGCCAAUUGUGAAGCCUCUGCCGCUCGGUGAUGCAAUGUGGAUUGCGAAAUGCCACGAUCCCAACUUCCUCACUAGGACUGGGGCAGAGGGCGACGAAGUGGCCCUUGACUGGAUUGCAGAGCGGAAGCGUCUUGAUGAUCUUAUGUCGAGCAUCAAGGAUGGUCGCUUCCACGAGCAAAAGUUUAGACUCAAGAAUGUUGGACUGAAGAACGUUAUUUACAUCAUUGAAGAAUUCAAUGUGAACGAGCAAAAUCGGUCGCAUUACGAGUUGGCGGUCCAAUCUGCCAUUGCAACCACACAAGUCACAAGUGGAUUUUUUGUGAAGCAGACACAAAAGCUGGACGACACAAUCCGCUACUUGGUUCGCAUGACCAACAAGCUCAAGAAAUUGUACGAAGAGAAGCCGCUCUUUAUCAUCCCGACAGAUAUCAUCACCAGAAAGAACUAUCUCCCUUUGCUUCAAAGUCUUCGUGAGAAGGACUCGUCCACCAAUCAUUACAUCAGCUACCAAGCGUUCUCAUCCUUGGCAUCAAAAUCUGAAAUGAUGACACUCCGAGAUGUGUACCUUAGGUUUCUCAUGUGUAUCAGGGGAGUCACUGGUGAAAAGGCUCUUGCAAUUCAGAAGAAGUGGCAGACCCCACGCGAUUUCAUUGAAGCGUUCGAGGACCUGGGUUCGGGCGAGGUUGGAAGGAAGAAGAAGAACGACAUGGUAUUCAAUGAAUUGGGUAACCAACCUGGAGGUAAGAAGAUGACCAAGGCUUUGAGUGCAAAAAUUGCUGGUAUUUGGGCAGAUAUUCCAUCGCAGGCCUGA